CCUCCUCUGCCCACCCCAGAGCUGGCUUAGGGGUUGUUCUGGAAAGAGCCUUCAGUUUUUGAAGGCCAGACAGCAUUUGGAGAGCCAUGCUGGCUGGGAGGGGAGGACAAUGGCUCCAAGCUUGGAGCCCGGGCUCCAAAUUCAGAAGAUAUUUCCAAGGUCAUGGGCCUUUGGACCUAUUCCAAGGCUCUCCAGACAAUGUUGGAAGACUGUAGACAUGCACUUUUUGUGCACUCUGUCUGUCUGUCUGUCUGUCUGUCCUUCCUUGCUUCCUUCCUGGCAUUCAGUUCAGCAGAAGAAUGGCCACAAGUUCUUUAGCAUCAUGUGCAUGGAUCUGUUUGCCGUAUGUCAAAAGCAGCAGGGGGUGGCUGGCAGAGUGUAGCAUGGACCCUGUCGUAGGAUCUUAGAACAUAACAGUGUGCGUUUCCAUCACAUGACCUGCUCCCCAAACAUAUAUGUGUGGAGGUGUUUGAUGUAGUUCCAUCAUUCAACACACCCAUUAAAAACAUUGGAAUUUGUAAAUUUUGUUAGAAGAGCAGGAGAUUCCAUAUUCAUCCCAGGGCAAUUUCUGCGAGAGUUAAUCGCAGUCUGCAAACUUUGCUUCUGUGGAGCAAAUCUGCCUUGUGGCAUUAAGGCAUGGGCAAGGGGGUUUGCUUCCUCUGGUUUGCUUGUUCCUGUUGAGUUUCUCGACCUUUCGAGAUGUCUCUUGGCAAGGGAGACUGAAGGAAUGUUGUUUUCCAUUAUUUUCAUUUCCCCCUCUGUAUUUCAAAAUGCCGCAGUGUUGGGUGAAGUCUGUACUUGCUGAAAACCAGUAAGAACAUCCAGGAUUCUGUCCUGCAAUUUCAGAUAAAUUGAUGCAAGAUCCCAAUUAGCAAUCCUAUCAAGCAUGUUCUUAUCUCUCCUGUUUUCUGUGUGUGUGCUUGUUUUAUUUGAAAUCUAUUAGGAUGGGGCUUUGGGCUAGACAGGCAAGGACCAGCCAGCUGGGUGUGGAGGAGAGUCCCCUCCAAGUUCAGAAGAGCUGAUUUACCAUAUUUGGAAGUAUAUUACCAAACACACCCUCUGGUAGGUGAGCUGGCCAGUUACACAUUGCCCAAACAGAGGACAGAAGAGUAUGUGGAACAGCCUAACUCAGAGAUGCAAAUUUAGAUUUUUGUAUAGAUGCAAAGUUAGGUAUAAAUGUGUGCAUAUUUGUAUAAGUUACUAUAAUUUAAAUAAUAACAUAAUUUCUCUCACCCAUGUGAGGGAUUCUGUGACCAGGUUGUCACCAGAUGGUAACCACUGGCAAUCAGUUCAAAGGCCUUCUCCUGCUCUCUUAGGACUGAGAUGUGUAUCUCUGGAGAGGCAGUGUGGUGUAGUGGCUAGGAGCAUGGGACUGGGACUCAGGUGAUCCGGGUUCGAAUCCCUGCUCGGCCAUGGAGCCAACUGGGUGUCUUUGGGCCAGUCACAGACUCUCAGCCCAACCCACCUCACAGGGUUGUUGUGAAGAUAAAAUGGACAGGAGGAGGAGGAAGAUUGUAAGCUGCUUUGAAUUCCUGUCAAGACCCAAAUAGACCAUCCCAAUUUUGCCAGAAGGACACAUAUGAGAAGGGCAUGGAGAUCCCCUUCCUUCCUUCCUUCACCUUCCUCCUCCUCCUCCUCCUCCUCCUCCCUUCCUUCCUCCCUUCCUUCCUUCACCUUCAUCCUCCUUCCUUUUCUGUCCUUCCUCUUUGGAGGUAGACCCAGGAGCACUGAUGAGCUGGCUUGAAGGCACCACGGACUCCAUCAUUUACUGCAAAAGAUUCUCCCUGGAUGUAACAUCGUUUUCUGUGGCUUGCUACCCCUGUAGAAUAGAUACAGUCUGACAUCUUGAGCCCAUUAAAAUCAGAGGGAGUUCUGGUUUCCAAAGAUUUAUGUCACCUAUGGGGAAAACAUCAACAGCACAAGGAACCUUAAUGGCAUCUCACAGGGGAAGGCAAAGGGUGGUGGGUGGCAGAGAAAUAUGAAGCUGAACAGCAAGGGAGCAUCUCAGCCGUGAUGAUCAAUACAGAAAAUUAAUUUUCAUGGCAUCCGCCGAACAACAAACGCUGUUCCAGGCUGCUGCCAAUCAGCGUUGCAGAAUAAACUGACUGGAGGCCAAGCCUGAUGACAGCAAAGAGAUACAUGCGCUAGCAAAGAUAUGCUUUGAGUUACUUGUUCCCAGUUAAACAGAAACAAGAUGUGUGCCUCCUGCUCUUACAUAGUGCUUUCGCGUUUGCAUAGAAGAAAUGCCUGAGUUACGGUUAGUAAGAGAACCCAGGGUCAUUCAUACCGAAAACCAUGUGUCGGUGUGUGUGUGUUUCUCUGCAUAGCUUAACUGCACCCCAUGAUGCCGCACCGUAAUUCACUUGAGUUUGCCUUUGCGCAAGGGCAGGGACGUCGGAGCCUUUCCUCCCCGGGCAUCUCAGCAGAACUUCCAGCCCACAGCGGCUUGCAAAAGUUGCAAUUGGGGGAACCCUCCCAUUGGACCCAGAGAGGCAAUGCUCAGCUCUUAUGGAACACUUGUCUCUGCUGACUGGUUGCCGGCUUCAGCGUGUUGCAACUGAUGCCGGGAACCAGUUCCAGCCUCCGCUUUCCCAUCCAUCUGUACAGCCUGAAGUGGCUUUGUGCUCAGGACUGCACAGACUCUACUGAAAUGCUACUAAUCUGGUAGCAGUUAAGCAAACCCAAUCACAGGGUGCAGACAGGCUGAAGGUACCACUCAAAUACAAACCAUUCUGUUAUGAGCAUUUGUUUGCUUUUUGAGGAGCAGAUAUUAAAAAGCGACUGGCAAGAUUUUCGUUCCAUCCCAAUGUUCAAGGCUUUCUCAAAUGCUUUUGGAUCUAAGGCAUUAUAAAAAAUGGGGGGGGGGUGAAUACUGGAAUUUAAAUAGUAUGUGGUUUAUGAUGGCAUUUAUUAUAUUUUUAUGACAGUAACAGACUGGAGGCAAGCUCUGGGAUCCCUUAAAUUUGUUCUAGUCAGUUCUGCCGCAUGCAAAAUAAACAUUCCUUAUGGCUUUUCAUCAUGUCCUCUACUCUCGCUCUCUUGCUAUCACUGGUUAUGUCUCUUAGCAACCUUCUCCUGUACACCUAAACUGAAAAUCCGCAGCAAAAGAGCCUAAAAGCUGAGCUAAGAGUUAUAGGAAGGGAGGGGCUUUUGCAAAAUCAGUGUUCUUCAGAUGAUCUCUCCACUUCUGUGGUUAGGGAAGGGCUGUAACUUAGUGGGCAGCGGCAUUCCUUGCAUGCAGAAAGUCCCAGGAUCAGACCUUUUCAUCUCCCACUAAAAGAAUCCCAUUCAUGCACCUGAGGUCUUCCAGAGCAUGCAAGCAGCACUCGGGGUGCAUUCUCAGUCUUCUAGCAUUUUUCUCUUCACAGAUGCAUCCUUUGUGGCCUCAUUCUUCCCUCUCAGAAGCUGCUGGCAACAUCCUGGUUUUAGGUAUUGAAAAAUCUAAAAUCUCUCAUGCACCUCUGAAGAAAGAACCACGGAUCAGCAAGUGGGGUGCAGUUUUAGGCCUAUAUUUUUGCACCAUCAUGAAGACUUUCUUGACAAGUCAUUCCUGCCACACAUUUGGCUACUUCAGUCUAUUUCCCAAUUUCUCGUUGGAGCCCAAACCCUUGCCAAAUGUCGAGCCAUGAAAAUUCAGCUCAGCGCCGACCCAACAUGCUCACCAUUACUGGGUUUUUGUUGGCCUUAAAUGUAUUCCCCUAAAUCCAAUAUCCUCCAGUAUUUGGACUAAAUGACUAAAAUUAACUAAAGGUAGACUGAAAUCACCAUCCCAUCUAUUUAUUGUAUUGUGUCCCACCAUUUUUCCUUUCCAAGAACCCAAGGAAGAUUGCGUGCCUCUUCUCCUCUUAAUUUAUCCUCACAACAACCCCGUGAGAAAGGUUAGGCUGAGAGUCAGUGACCGGCCAAAGUCACCCAGUGAGCUUCAUGGCUGAGUAGGGACUAGAACCUGGAUCUUCCAGGUCCCCAGACCAAUGCUCUAACCACUACACUGCACUGGCUCUCAUGAGCAUGAUCAUUCAUAUCCCAUCAGCAAUGGGAAAACGUUCUCCUCAAACAACCCUCUCGCUUUGCUAUUGCUUAAUUUUUUAUAUUGACCUAAGUUUUAGAUACUGGAGCUGCUGGUGCUUUUAGCAUGCUGUAAAAAUGUGUUCAUGACUGGUUUUUGGUUUCAUGCUUUUUAUAUUUUAUAAUCCACUCUGAGAGGCUCUCUUAUUUCCCCCCUUUGGAGAGGAAACGUGGGUCAGAAAUCUGUUCAGUAAAUGAAUAUGUAAGUUCCUAAUGGUCUUUGUUUCAGAAUUCCCCACAGUAGGAUUGGUAGCACACCCUGUGUGGAGCAAGGAGGGAAAGAGUGUAAAUCUUGGGAUAUCUUGUAUCACAGCUCACUCCUCACCAGGAGCUCCUUAGCUUUAUCAUCCAAAAUGUAGGCUGUGUGUGAUGCUUUGCACUCUGCCUGCCCUACUUUAGGUUUCCAUGUGGAUGUAAUUUGGGCUUCUUGAGCAGAAAAAUCACAUGCAGAAACAAGAAGAGCACCAAAACAGAAGAACCUCUAAUGGCAUAAUUCUUCCUUCUGAUAUCGUUCUGAUAAAUUGUUGCAUAGUGUACAGAAAGAAGGAUGCACAGUAGAAACAACUCAGACCAAGGAUAUAUUGUUUACUUAGAAGAUUUUCAAAGGAUGUUCCAGGGGACACAGCAGUUGUAAUAUAGUCCUAGCAACCAGACUUUCAACAGACAGACACUAUCAGAGAAGAGCCUUUCCUAGAUUUGCUGGUUGUCACAUUUAUAAUGCAGGAAAAAAAUCAGACAGUCGCAAAGUUUGGCACACAUGGGUUGACAUUUUGCAGCCAUUUUUGUUGACUGCUGCUGCCGCCUUGACAAAUAGCCUGGAUGAAAAAUGAAUUGUCAAUCUGCCAAGACAGCUGGAAGCGAUUAUGCAUGAUGGUGAUUCAUAUCCCUUGGGCUACUCCGCUUUAGAAGGGAGUUAAAUGGCUUCUCCUCUACCCCUUGCCAAAGGUUUUGGCUUACUGAAUGGAACUGAAUGGUACAAAGGGGAGCGGAGAGUCUUCUUCCGGACACAAGGACUGGAGCAGGCAACUGGCCAUCCACCCACCUGGCCAGGGUUCGUUUAACCUCACAAGGCUGUUUUCUUCCCCCUCCACAUGGAGCAAAGCAACAGCAGAUUUGCAUUCAAAUGCACCACUUGAUUUAGAAAGCUAUGUGAUUUCUUUCCAAGUGUGGGUUGCUAGUGGUGUUAGAAUCCCAAGAUUCUUGCAUCCUGGCUCACAGCGAGGCAGUGCCAGCCCUUUCUAAUCAAUAGGGACAAUCAUAUCAGCUCCAUUCCAUCAAGACUGCCUCUUGCCUCUGAGCGUAGCUGCCAUCUCUCAGCAGCUUCAAAAAUCCAUAAGUAUUCUUCUGCAACUUCUUCCUAAUGCAUAUAUCAUUGCAUGCAUUUCUAGCCUAACAAAAGCAUGUUUGCAAGCAUUGUUCCUAAUAUAUUUUGCAUUUCUUCUUGUUAUUUUCUGUAAUAUACACAUCUUUGAGCACAAACUGGAUCAGAGGACUUCACCACCAAAUUUGGAGAAGUGGACACCACAAAGGACAACUGAGUUUCACUUUGGAUAAUGCUUUGAAAAUGCAGACUUGGGUGGUGUUGCACAACCAGUUGCUCACCUACCAUUCCCAGUGGCCAAAUUUCUUCCCCCAUGGCUGCUGCAGGAGAAUGUUUCUGCUUGCACAACAUGUGUGGCGCGCUCACCAGGAGCCUCAACUCGGGGCCACUGCAAGGCUGACCGGAGUCCAGGAAUCCAGUGGAUUCUCCACACAAGACAGAUUCGUCACGCGUCCCUGCUUUGGAGUCCCAAAGAAGGCCAUUGGAAUGUACCCUUGAAGAUUCCAGUAAAAGUUUCCUUUAGGACAAAUCAAAGCUCCAUGGGCACUCUUGUUUUUCUCUCUUUUCCUUUCAGGCUCAUUUCCGAUGAAAGAAAAAAUAUCUGAUUUAUUUCCGGAGGUGGUGCUAACAUUUUUAUGCCCAUUUGUGAGAAAAGAUGAGCAUUCCUGUGAGUUUUAUAGAAGGGUUCUCUCUUGUCAAGUAAAGAAGGAGACAUUUGCUUUUUAUGAGCUCUGUUGUGGGCAAUAAAGUUUAGCAGAAGUGUUCAUCAAUGCUUCUGCAGAGGAAAAAAAAGCCAUAGCAUUAUUUAGUACUUCUGAAAGGACGUGCAUCUUCUCCUUCUAAGGAACAUCAGCCAAGUCAAUUACCGUCUGAUUUAGGGGAGAGUUAUGAAUGCACCAAAAGGAAAUAAUGUGUGUGAAUUUUAUUGUAACUCAAAGAGAAUAGUUCUGUAACACACACUGGUGCAGGAUAAGUACAGGCAUGCUGACUUACAUGUCAAGGUUUACUCCCAAGUAAACACACACCACUGUGUGUAUGUUACAAGGUUCCCAAGCCCCUCGGACCUAGAGAAGUGGAGAGGCAGAGCUUAGCUGUGGAUGAAAGCAAGAAGCUGGUUGUCCACUCCGCUCCCCUGUGUGUUUUCUUGCUUUAGCCUGUGACAGAAUUUGCACAUUUGUGCCUUUUUAUUUUGCACAUUUUUAGAUAAUAUGUUUGUGCAAAGAUAUGCAAAAUUAAUAAGAUUGGUUCACAAGUCUUUGUGUGACCUGGGAAAGCUGGCCCUCCAUGGCAUCUGGAGCAGAUGCUGAAAACCCAGGUUACAGAUUCCUCCCCAACCAUGCCUGCCCUUCUCAGUGGCCCUUGUCUCUUCAAACAUCCAACAACAAGAGCCCUUGUCUCUUCAAACAUCCAACAACUAGAGCCCUUGUCUCUUCAAACAUCCAACAACAAGAGCCACCGAACAGGACAGUAUUUUCACCACAUUAGUUAGGAAUAUAAACUUCUAAAUACUUUUUAAUGACAGUUAUUCCCAGACUGGCUCUAAAAUAAAGAAAAGAAAAAGAAAAAAAGUAUGAAAUGUUGUCAUUAUGUUAUGUUGUCUUCAUGCCAUGUUGAUAUUUGUUUUGGGCCUUUUUGGACAGACUUCGUUAACCACAUCCACAUGCACGGCUGACUGCAGCACCGACCUCUUUAACUUUCCAGCUCCAAGUGGCGAGAGAAGCCAGGCGUGGGUUGCUAUUUGGAUGGCAGCGCAGCACUGUUAUUCUAGCAAAGGGAGGUGAACAUGAAGCACAGUCACUGUCCACUGGUCAGCUGCAACCAGCUUGAUUGAUGAUAAUCUUGGCUUCGAAACCCCAGCUCCAAAAGCACAAACGGACCUGACAAAACAGCAUGGAAUGUCUGGGCCAGGCUUUCGGGAAUGAAAGUUAUGAAAUAUGUCCUAAGAAAAGGAAGUUGGGAAAAGGAGAGACUCAGUGUUCUAGAGACAAUCAGAAUUCUGUACUUUUUCCAAGGAGCUCUGUGAUGAUCCUCACCUGUUUGUACAUGGAAUCAGUUCCCACGACUUGCACCAAGGGUUGCUGGGCAACUGCUGGUUCAUUGCUGCCUGCUCCUGCCUGGCUCUUCAGAAGAAGCUCUGGCAAAAGGUUAUUCCAAAUGUUAAGGAACAAGACUGGGAUCAAAUGAGGCCAGAGAAAUAUGCAGGGAUAUUUCACUUCCAUUUCUGGAGUUUUGGAGAGUGGAUCGAUGUGGUGGUUGAUGACCGGUUGCCAACCAGAAGCAACGAACUGCUCUUCUGCUCGUCUAAGGACCGCAAUGAAUUCUGGUGUGCACUUCUGGAGAAAGCUUAUGCAAAGUUGUCUGGGUGCUAUGAAGCCUUGGAUAGUGGCAACGCUGCAGAGGCAAUCGUUGACUUUACGGGAGCAGUUGCGGAAUCCAUUGACUUGGUUGAAGGCAAAUACAACUACGACAUAUUUAAGCAAGCAAAGCUCUUCGCAACCUUGCUGAAAGUGCACAGAAGAGGGGGAUUGAUCAGUGCUUACAUCCGGGCUCAGUCCCCCAGUGAUUUUGAGGUGGAGACCAUUGUGGGCUUGGUUAAGAGCCAUGCCUACUCAGUGACCAAAGUCCUGAAGAUGAACCUUGGAGAGAAUCCUGUGGUCUGUGCCAAGUCGGAGAAGCUCUUCAUGAUCCGGUUGCGCAAUCCCUGGGGAAAGAAGGAGUGGAAUGGGGCAUGGAGUGACACAUCCGAAGAAUGGAAAAGAGUGAGCAAAGCAGAACGCAAGAAGCUCGGGCUCACAAUCGAAAAUGAUGGAGAGUUCUGGAUGACAUUUGAAGACUGGUGCAAAAACUUCACUGACGUCGAUGUCUGUCGGAUUGUGAACACGUCCUUCUUUAGCAUCCAUAAGACCUGGGAGAGGAAAAUGAUAUGCGGAAGGUGGACGAAGAACCCAGACCCACUGCUGAACCGCGCCGGGGGGUGUUCAAAUAACAAAGCCACCUUUUUACAAAACCCACAGUAUGUCUUUGAUGUGAAGAAGGCUGAAGAUGAUGUGCUGAUCUCUCUGCAGCAGAAAGACAAGCGCAUUCUCAGGAAAGAAGGGGCAGGUUAUCACUUCUCUAUGGGCUUUGAGAUCUUCAAGGUGGAGAACAACAGAGAAUAUCGAAUGCAUACACUGCGAAUACAAGAGAAGGUUGCGACCUCCACCUAUAUUGACAACCGCAUGGUAUAUCUGAAGGUGCUCCUCAAGAAAGGCAGAUAUGUCCUCAUCCCAACCACCUUCAGCCCUGGCAUUGAAGAUGAAUUUAUUCUGAGGAUGUUCACUGAUGUGCCGUCCGAGCUCAGGGAACUCGAAACAUAUAAACACCGGUUAAGCUGGCUGGAUAUCCUCUUUGGUGUCCCUCGGAGGAUGACUCAGAUUAAAAUCCACUCCGCUGAGGGCCUUCAAAGUCAAGACAGUCGUGGCGGAGCAAAUCCCUACAUAAUCAUCAAGUGUGAGAACAAGAAAGUCCACUCCCCAGUGCAGUAUGGAACUGUCAAUGCCGUGUUCAAUACACAAGCUGUUUUCUGCCAAAGAAAGAUUCAGUGUCCUAUUAUCGUCCAGGUUUGGCAUAGCAAAAUCUUCUCCGACCGGUUCCUGGGACAAGCACUCCUGCCAGCCUCACCCGAUGACCCGAAAGAGUUUCAGAAGUUCCAACUCCGGGGCAGAGGGAAGCAUGAAGCAGACAAGAUGCCAGGUCAAAUCACCAUCACAGUUCUCUCCAGCGAUGACCUUGCGAGGCUGUGAGCACCAAAGGCCGGCAGGCCAGACGAGACUGUCACCUCUCCACGGGAGACCUAGUUUGUUUUCUUAGGGUGAAGCAAGGGAGAGAGUUGAUUGGCACGUAAGCACCAACUGCUGUAAAAAUAGGCUUCCUGGGUUGCUGUGUCUGGACUCCACCUGGGCAGCAAGAAAUAGUGAACAGGGGAGGAAGGAAAGUGACAGAGCAGCAAUGUGACAGAGAGCAACUCUCUCGCCUGUGCCAUUUCUCUCUCUGCAUGAGCGUUUAGGUGUGUGUCCCAGGGGUGGGGAACCUGAGGCCCAGGGGCCACUUUCUGCAUUCUUGGAUGCCCAGCCUGCCUGAUUGCAGUUCUCGGGCUGCUUCCCUGGUCUCCACCUCAUUUUUGUGCUGCUUUGUCGCACUGGAAACUUUUGGGAAGUCUAUCCCAAGGCUUUGUUAACUGACAGCAAGAACUGCAAGCUAAAACAAGCGGGUGCUUUUAUUCGCUUUCCUAUUUUCCUUCACCCCUUUGGUCCUGCCCCUUUGCCUUCAGCCCCACACACCACCUGUCCCCUUUAUAGACUUAGGGUGCAUUUUGAGCCAUCUUCUUUGAAAAUCAAGUUUGCCUUGUGGUUGUACAACCGAGGCUUCGCACAUUAAGUCAGCUGAAUUGUUUCCGUGCAUGUAUAAUGCUGCAAAUGUGUUCAUGCCCUGUUGCUCCUGCUGCUGACCAUGCCACAUUUUCUUGGCCCCCUCAAGUACCUCUGCCACAGUUAAAGUAGCUGCUGCAUUUUGACGUGUGGGACGCCAAUCCUACAAGGAGAGAAUCGACAUUUUGGAAUGUUACCACAAACCUUGCCAUUGCUAUUAUGCACUUUGUAUAGCAUAGCCUUGCAGAGGUGCUGGCGUUGCUCAUUCACCUUCCAGCUGAACCGGCUUAAUGGAAUCAUUUUUCACCGCUUUCUGAAAGCUAAAGAGGAGGAAGACUUAACAGCACAUUUUUAUGGAAGUGAUAAGGAAGUCUGGUGACUCCCUUACCAGUGGGGCAUCCAAUCCAUGGCAACUUUUACUUUGAGCUCUAUAGGAUGCACUGAUGAGGCUCCAUUCCAUCCCCAUGGAGUCCCAUGGGUAGAUCCUAUAAAGCUCAGAAUAAAAGCAGUCAUGGGGACGGAGUCCAACUGACUCAGGAGACCAACAAUGGAUGUCUGUCCUUUUUUUUUGCACUAUUGCUUCUGCUAUCAAGAGCGAUAUCUUAUCAGGCACUGGGAUAUAAGAAAAUAUAUUCAAUUAGCAGCAGUGAUAUAGCACUCAUAUCAUGUUUUUUUUGAAGUCUGAAGCACUUCACUUACAGUACCUUAUCUCAGUAAUUUCUACAACAACCCUGCUAGUAGUCCCAGAAGCUGUAGUAGAUAUACCGUGUGUUUAUACGCUGCUGUUACUCGCCAAGUAAGGUGCAGGCAGAGCUGGCCGCAUCCGCACAUGUCCUGCUUCCAUCUGGAACCAGGUUCUCAGUUGCUCCCUCCACAUUGGAGAAUGGCCCAAUUCUAAACGAAAUCCUGAUGACACGACUGGGACCAGGCAGCAUCAGAAGGCUGAUGAAGACGCAGGCAAGGACAGUUUGAUGCCUCUGUGGCAACUGCACCCCCAGUGUGCUGUGGGUAUGAGAACUGACUGGAGCAUGGAUCAACCUCCUCAAGCCACUCUGGAGAUCUUCAGAAUAUGCUUGGAAUCUUCCCCUUUUCGAGAAAUCAGGAGGUCUUUGUGGGAUGGUGUUUUGCCUACUAGAGUCCAAGGGUUGUUUCCACCCCACCCCCCCACCCCCAAGUGGGAAAGUAGCUGAAGGUUCCCUAGGCCUGUCCAGUUAGGAAUGUGUUCGCCUGGAGUUUAGACCCAUUUUUCAUAUCUUUCAAUCCACUGAGCCAGUCCACUAUCCAUACGGAGAGUUGCAUCCAGGGGCCAAACGUUGAAAUGCAGCUCACAGAAAGAGCUCUACCCCUGGGAAGCCCCUCACUCCACCCAGUUCACUUCAGCUGUAGGUUAGGCAAAUCACCAUGUGACCUUCCCCCGGAGGCUCUGAAAAUGGGCCCAAGACCUCAAAGGCAGGUCAAAUCCUGGCACCCCAUCCUAUGGCUGGUGAACCUUCUUUGGCUCUGUGGGUCACAAUGUCUACACUGUGUCAUGUUUCAAUCUAACAAGAAAAAUGUUCCAAUGAUCCUACCUCGGGCUUUUAUGAUAUUGCAGCUGGUUGACAUUCAUGCCAAAAGAUCCCCUCCCUGACUUCAUAAUGCCUGGAAAUCCAAUAAAGGGGUGGCAUGGAUUUAAAUAUUUGCAUUAAUUUGCUCAAUAUUUUCCAGCAUACAUGAAAUCCAAAUCGCUUCUGAUUUGCCAUAUUUAGAAACUCGAGCCAGCAGAUUAACUCUAUUUUCGUACACGAUUGUCAGGACUGACUUGCUGCUGACCUCUUGAUGCUCCUGCUUCGAGCUGCCCCUCGCUGCACGUCACGGCUGCAGAUGCCGUUUGUGCUCCUGCCUUCUACCCUUGAUCCCAAGGGACCUUCUGCCAUGGUGGCCGAGUGGCCUUCCUGAGAGCACUCCUUUAUGUGCCAAGCUGUCUACUGAACAUGUGCCUUGUUGAAUGUUUCGCACAGUUCAGAUCCUGCUGAAAGGCAAAGAACCAUAAGAACGGGGGUAGGAAGGGCCUUGACGCUCUCCAUCGGAUUGCCCCUGAGUAGGCAAUUUCGAAUGGCCAAAACAAAGAAAUGCUUUUUAAAAGGACUGUUAAUGUAUAUCAUUAUUCAUUUAUACGACCGAUGUACAGACUUUUAAAAAUCUGCUCCCUUGGCAUUUUACAGAUUUCCAGGUGCCUCCUCUUCUAUCCUCCCACUCACUGGCAGAACCACAUUUUGUGCAAAUGUACUCAAUGCAAAGUUGCACUUCCCAGAAUAUGCAGAUCCCCCAGUGUGCAUUUUUGCACUUCAGACCAAGGCGAGAAAUACACAUUUUGGUCGGUGCCUUAAAAAAGUAUAAAUUAUUCCUGUGGUCUGUCUGACCACAGCUGUGUUCAUUCCAGAAGAAGGAACUGCAUCAAAUCCAGAUCAGGAGUGAACCUAAACAAAUUUAUUGUAUAUCCUUAAAGGGCAGAGACACAAUGGCGAUGUUGGUAAAUGGUCCAAGGCAGGAUAUAAAGGAGCAGGAGCAGUGGCGUCUCUGUGGAAGACGCCACUACCCACCACAAGAGCACUAAUGGCAUAAUUAACUCCUCACAUGCAAGUGUGCGAGUAGCUCGAAUCCCUGCACCACCGAUCACCUGGCAGUCUGACCCACCCCUCAGAACCAGCCCGUUCCAAUCAUACGGAAGCAAGUCAUGUGCGGGUGCUUCCAAGCACUUUAGCCAUCAGGUUGGCAGUCACGGCAUCAUGAGAGCUUUUAUCUCUCGCAAGAUUUUACUUUAUCUUAAAAUAAACGUUUCAAAACGCAGGCAUCAAUGACGUUCGUAUUAACACAGCAUAAACAAGGAAAGUCCUCGAUGCACGUACAAUGCCGUGCUUGAGGUUUGCACACAUCCCACACACACUGUCAAUGUGGUGGGGGCUUGGGGAACUCAGCACUGAGUGUUUGCAGAAAGAUCUGAUUGCUUCUCUGUGGUUGGCUGCUAGACACAUUUUCACCCAUAGUCGGAGAGGUGAUAAAAUCUCUAGCUUGACUGAGUGCUAUGGGAAUGUGUGGAAUUUGGCUGCAUUGCAGAAAUGGAAGCAGGAAGCUAGGUAUCUAAAGGACCAUCUAAACACUGGCACAUUUGGCAUCCUUGGGCACCUUUUGUCAACUUUAUUGACUGAGAAGGAGAUGCUCCCUGCUCUGCUCCAGAAACAGGCUGCAAAAUAGGGUCAACCUGACUCUGUUCUAGGAGCUUUGGACAGUAAGAUUCUCUAAGAGCCCUUUUCUCUCUGAAGUUUGAUGUACGGUGAGAUCUUUCCACUGCUAUAACAGGUCCACAUUGUGCUGUAAUCAUUUUAGAUGUUUAAGCUCUUUCACAUUUCAUGUAUUGGAUUUUGUACUGCACCUUAUUGUAUCUGCAUUUUUAUUGUGCCCGUUAAAAAAAUAAAAACUAGAUAAAGGGAAAAA